CUUUAUUGCCUUAACAUGUUUGUACUCCUGAAAGAAUUUAACCAACCAAUAGUCAUCUUUUAUUUUCUCGCCUUCUUUCUUCGAACAUAGUUGAUUUUUAAUAUUAAAAUUGUAAAGUGUGACCUUUGUUUGCACUUUACGGCUAGCUCAAGUGAACCCAUCCAUGAAUUUUUCAAUUUUAAUAAAUUGAUCUGCUUUCAAUUCUAAAUGGUUAAUUUUUCUUGGAAUUAAGCCGCUUAGAAUUGAUUUUGCCAGUUCCGGGUGUCUUUCUGAGAUAUUUAUUAUCCUUACUUCGUCAAGCCAAAUAAGAGUAAUUUUCUGAAGCUUCUUGACGAGUUUAUAGUUUGAAGGAUCUUCCCAGUCAACAACGAGCCUAUCUUCAAGUCUGAAGCCUUCUUCUCCUGUUCUGAAAUUAUAACUGUUCAUAUUUUCGUGACAGGCAGCCCAGACUUGGCUGUCAAUUUCAAUAGUUUGCUCAUAAACUCUGUUUUCGACUAGAGUAAAAGUCUUUUUGUAAUUCUCUCGGGCUUUCAAGACUCUGCUUCAAGUCAAAGCUAGGGAAGUGCUUUUAGGGACGAAUUUUUUGCCUGUCUUUAUACACCUUUUCUUUGGCGGUCUCUUCUUCUUAGUAAGUCCAUAACAGAACAAAUGGUUGUACUUCUCCAGAACCUGGUCAACUUCAGCCUUCACCUGCUCGAUUCCCAGUGAAAGAGCAGGGAUCUGGUCGGUGAGACCUGCCCAAUCAGCCUGGGAGAUCUCAGCCUUUGUGCGAAGAAGACUCUGGUGGAUUUGAUGCAGCCGAGUCGAGUAGGAUUGGAGGCGUGUGGAGUUGUAGUGCUGAAGAGUCGAUUUUGAGUGGAGGCUUUGAGGGAUUUUAGAAGUGGAUGGGAGCCUUGUGGGAGGUUGGGGAGUUGGUUG